GUCUUCACAAACAAUCCGCAUCAUCAUUGUUUAUAUAAAAAACGGUUUUUUGUUGUUGUUUUUGAAAUUUUCAAAGAAUUUUUUUUUCAUUCAUUGUCGGUUUGUUGGUCGUAUUCCCGGUGAAUCACUUUUUUCUCCAUAGUUUUGUGGUAAACAAAAAAAAUCAAAUCAAAAAAAAAACAUGGCCGAUCUUGAAGCAGUAUUAGCCGAUGUUAGCUAUCUAAUGGCUAUGGAAAAAUCUAAAUCAACACCUGCAGCAAGAGCUUCAAAAAAAAUUAUCUUACCCGAUCCAAGUGUACGAAGUGUAAUGCAUAAAUAUUUGGAAAAAAUUGGUGAAGUUACAUUUGAUAAAAUAUUUCAACAAAGACUCGGAUUUUUAACAUUUCGAGAUUUUUGUGAAAACAUUUGUGAUGAAUCGGUGCCACAAUUGAAAUUUUAUGAAGAGAUAAAACGUUAUGAAAAAUUGGAAACAAUCGAAGAAAGACGACAAGCAGCAAGAGAAAUUUAUGAUAAUUUUAUUAUGAAAGAAUUGUUGUCCCAUACACAUAAUUAUUCCAAAGAAUCGGUAAAUCAUGUACAAAAAUAUUUAAUGCGUAAUGAAGUACCUGUACAAUUAUUUCAACCAUAUAUUGAUGAAAUUUAUAAUCAUUUACGUGGUGAUAUAUUUCGUAAAUAUAUUGAAAGUGAAAAAUAUACAAGAUUUUGUCAAUGGAAAAAUUUAGAAUUAAAUAUACAAUUAACAAUGAAUGAUUUUAGUGUACAUCGUAUUAUUGGUCGUGGUGGUUUUGGUGAAGUAUAUGGUUGUCGUAAAGCUGAUACUGGUAAAAUGUAUGCAAUGAAAUGUUUAGAUAAAAAACGUAUCAAAAUGAAACAAGGUGAAACAUUAGCAUUAAAUGAAAGAGUUAUGUUAUCACUAGUCAGUACGGGGGAAGAUUGUCCAUUUAUUGUAUGCAUGACAUAUGCAUUUCAAACACCAGAUAAAUUAUGUUUUAUAUUGGAUCUAAUGAAUGGUGGUGAUCUACAUUAUCAUUUAUCACAACAUGGUGUUUUUAAUGAACAAGAAAUGCGUUUCUAUGCAUCCGAAGUGAUAUUAGGUCUUGAACAUAUGCAUCGUCGUUUUGUUGUUUAUCGUGAUUUAAAGCCAGCUAAUAUAUUGUUGGAUGAACAUGGUCAUGUUCGUAUAUCUGAUCUCGGUUUAGCUUGUGAUUUUUCCAAAAAAAAGCCUCAUGCAUCCGUUGGUACACACGGUUACAUGGCACCCGAAGUAUUAUCCAAAGGUACUGCCUAUGAUUCAAGUGCUGAUUGGUUUUCACUUGGCUGUAUGCUUUAUAAACUUUUAAAAGGCCAUAGUCCAUUUAGGCAACAUAAAACUAAAGAUAAACAUGAAAUUGAUCGUAUGACACUAACAAUGAAUGUUGAAUUACCAAAUUCAUUUUCAAAUGAAUUACGUAAUCUAUUGGAAGGUUUAUUACAUCGUGAUGUUGAUAAACGUCUUGGUUGUCGUGGAAAUGGAGCUGAUGAAGUAAAAGAACAUCCAUUCUUUAAAGGAAUUGAUUGGCAAUUAGUUUAUUUACAAAAAUAUCCACCAACAUUAAUACCACCACGUGGUGAAGUUAAUGCAGCUGAUGCAUUCGAUAUUGGUUCAUUUGAUGAAGAAGAUACAAAAGGAAUAAAAUUAACUGAUUCUGAUCAAGAAUUAUAUAAACAUUUUCCAGUUGUUAUUAGUGAUCGUUGGCAACAAGAAAUUGCUGAAACAGUAUUCGAUGCAAUAAAUGCUGAAACGGAUAAAAUUGAAAUGAAAAAACGUGCAAAAUUGAAAAAUAAAUUCGAUGAUAAUGAAAAAGAAUCUGAUUGUAUAUUACAUGGUUAUAUUAAAAAAUUAGGUGGACCAUUUUCUACAGCGUGGCAAACAAGAUAUGCAAAAUUAUAUCCAAAUCGUUUGGAAUUACAUUCGGAUAAUAAUAGUAGCCGUCCGGAGCUAAUAUUUAUGGAUCAAAUUGAAGCAAUUUGUUCUGAUUAUGUUCAAGUGAAAGGUGAACAAUCUAUUGUAUUAAAAAUGAAACAAACUGAAAAGGAAAAAGAAUCACGAAUUGUUCUAACAAAUCCGGAUGAUAUUGGCCUAAGAGAAUGGUUACAAUCAUUAAAAUCAACAUAUAAAGAUUCAUUAGAAAUGUUAAAAAAUAUAGCUAAAAAAGCAACAAAAAUAUAUGGUACAACGGAAAAUAGUAUUAGUUGUAAUCAACGAUUACAACAACAACCACAUAGUGGAUCAAUGAUAACAUUAUCAACACAACAACAAUCAACAACAACAAUGACAUUGAAUAAUAAUAAUAAUAAUAACAAUCAACAGCAAAUAACGGAUAAUUCAAUUAUGAUUAAUGAAUCAAUUUCUGGUUCAAAUCAUGUUCAUCAUCAACAUUUACAACAAAAUUAUCAUCAUCAUCAUCAUCACCAUCAUGGAAGUAUUGGUUCAGCAAUUAUUACAUCAAAUAAUCAUCAAUUAAUGACAAAUAAUAUGGCAACAACAACAAGUAGCCAGAUUAAUAAUCAUUUGACAACAUCUACAACAACAUCGACCGCAUGUUCUAUUUCUGAUUCGAAUAAUACACAAUCAACGACAACCACAACAACAACAAAUUCGAUAACAACAAUAAUUGGUUCAAAUCAUAAUGUCAAUCAACAACAACAACAACAAGAUUUAAAUCAAAAAUUACCAUUAUCAUCAAAUAAUGAACAAAUAUCAUCAUCAACAUCGACAACAUCACAACCUAUAUCUUCUCCUUUGAUUCCGAUAACGCAACCUCAACCUCAACCACCAUCAUUAUCAUCAUUAUCAUUACAACCUACACAACCAAAAUCUUCAUCACCACCUUCUUCCUCGUCCAAUCAAAUCGAUUAGAGAAUCUUAAUUUAUUUCAACGAAAAAAAAAAUUU